AUGACCCGCGCCCUUCCCCCAGGCCUGCUGGAGCUCUCGCCGGUGGAGCGGGGCGUGGUGAGCAUCUUCGGCGUGGCCAGCCGGUUCUUCGUGGCCAUGAGUAACAAGGGCAAGCUGUACGGCUCGCCUUUCUUCACGGAGGAGUGCAAGUUCAAGGAGAUACUCCUCCCCAACAACUACAACGCCUACGAGUGCUACAGGUACCCCGGCAUGUUCAUCGCCCUGAGCAAGAACGGGAAAACCAAGAAGGGGAACCGAGUGUCCCCCACCAUGAAGGUCACCCACUUCCUCCCCAGGCUGUGA